CAUAACAACAAUUGCAUACAGAUCUCGAUCGACGUGUGGUGUGCACGCCGCGCGCUUGUGUGUUUCCCCCAUUUUAUGCGGGCUUCCUUUCGUCGCUUAAGUCUCCUUUAACCUCUCCGUCUGUCUCUUUUCUACCUUACCAGCAUCCGAGACUACCCUGGCGCAUUUCCUGCCACCACUCCCAGGGCCAUGACAGCCGCCAGCUCGACCGUAUCUCACACAGCGUUCUCAAAGAAUGACUCGGCAAUUUCAUCACCACCCACAGUGGCAGGCCAGUGCUCUGCACCAGCACCACCUCCAGCACGUUGCCGGCCCCUGCGAAAGGUCGCCAGUCGGCGCGCAAUCGAUGCCGAAGACGCCCUCAAGAAGCAGCACCAUUCCUGUCCGACCUGCAAGCGAGGAUUCACCUCUGCCGGCCAUCUCGCACGACAUGUCAAGAUCCACAGCGGAGAGAAGAAACACAAAUGCCCGUUCCCUGGAUGCGCGACGUCGUGCUCACGCCAGGACAAUUUGCAGCAGCACUACCGCAUCCAUCUUUCGCCUGGUGCAGCCGCGCGGCGCAAGUCCGGCCGUCCAUCCGUCAUUCGCGCAAUGGGCUUCCAGCUGCCGCCCCCGCAGGACCUCUACGAAGCAUCCCCCGUGUCCCCUGUUUUCUCAGCCGAGUCCGCAUCAUCAUCCAGGUCCUCCUUCUCGUCGUCCGCUUCGUCGUCCGGGUCCUCCAGCCAGCGCUCAUUCUCUCCGCCCCUGACCCCGCCGCCGCUAGAAGACUCGACGCCGUACCUGCUCCGCGGCUCUGGAUUCCUGCCCACUGAUCCCCGACGGCGGCCGGCCACGCCGCCCCCCGCAUACAUCGACGUCGGGAUCGCGGUCACGGGUGGCGGCGGGUACAUUGAGCGGGCGGUCACCCCGGAACCCCUGUUGAACGGGUACCCGCGCCCGAAGCUAGAGGAUCUGGCGGAGGAUAUCGAGGCCCAGAAGGGCGUACAGGCACACAUGGCUGAGUUGCGCAAGGCUCAGAAGAGCGGCUGGUUUCGCGUGCGGGUGCCCGCGGACCCGCGGGCUUUGAAGGGGCUGUCACCCGAGCCCCACGCAGAGCCUGCGUCGCAGACAGCUCCGAAGACGGAUCCGAAACCCGCGCGGAAGAGCAAGCAGACGCCAGCGGUGCUGCCUGCGAUUGACACUUUGGGGUCGGCAUUGGCGAACGCUCUGUCGCCUGCCUAUUCGAAAGCGGGAUCUUCUGUGGCUGCCACUCCGGCAUCUUCCGCUGCACCAUCGCCCGCCUUCUCGUAUUUCUCCAGCCAGACUUCUCCGGCCUCCAAUGUGGCUUCUCCGGCCAUGGAGAUCUCGUCUCCGCGCUACUCACCAGAACAUCUCCCUGCCCUUGUCUCGUCCUCGACGUCAUCAAGUGUGCACGCUGGAACCCAGCGCAUUAUAGAUCUCGACGCCUAUGAUCGACAGGAUCAGCAUCUUUCGUCGCACGCCACAUCCGGAGCCCCGCCGUCCUCUGUUUCGGUGCCUGUAGCUGCGUAUGAUGCUGAUGCUGAUCGACAGCGAGAGCUUGCUUACGGCAAUGGCGUCUACCACCCAGAGCACGGAUACUAUGAAAUGCAUCUGGACCAGGGCCCGGAUUCUUACCAGCAGCAUGAUCAUCCUCAGCCUCGCCUCGAGCACCACGAGAGCCGCCACCACCAUCAGGAUCUAGCCUAUCGUGGAUUGCAGGCGGAGCCGUAUGUCGGGGAGGGGCAAAUGCGAUCAGAAUCGGCGUUCCAGCUCCAGUCUCCGCCUGCGGCUUGCGAUGCGGUUUACACGGAGCAGCACGAGGCUCCACUCGAGAUGCGCUAUGGCCGACAAGUGGAGCAGUAUCCGCAGUAUCAGCUGUCGCCGACCGUGGACUCGGGCUACUACUAUGACCCGCAGCAACAGCAGCAUCAUUCCUACCAGCACUACUAUGCGCAAUAUGAAACCCCCAGCAGCCCGUUGACCGUGCCCAUUUCUUCUCUCCGGCGCAGCGCGCCGCAAUCCAAUGCCUACGCCGAGCCUACCCCCUAUCUGCAUCAGCCCCAGCCCGUGUCCCCGGUGGAUUACUUUGGUCAUGUCCAGCAUGGAUGGAGGCAGGUCGGAGCUUUAUGACCAUGACGUUUCUUCAUUCUCUAUUGCUAUCAGUAUCCCGCGCUCUCCGAUCUGCUCUUCGCUUCUCUUGUAUAUAUCGGAUCCAAUCUCACGUGUAGUAAUUACUCACCGGCCUAUCAUCAUCUACGUAUAGUCGCUAUCUCUGGUAUACAACAUAAUAUAAUCGCGCACCCGUGCCACCUACGUCUGUUUCAGGGAGAUAAUUUUUUCCGCAAUACUUACUCAAAACCGAUCUCAAUGGAUUAAUUCAACUAGAACCUCGCUCGA